AGCGGGUGCAGGAGCGGGAGCACGUGCAGGAGCAGGAGGGUGGGCUGCAGUCGGGGUUGGGAGGGCCGCGGCAGUGCCCCUGCAGGGAGCCCCCGCUCCAGGAGCCCCGCCCCCGCCCCCUGCCCGACCACCCCGCUGCUGCCCAGGCGGGUGAAGGAUGGCCGGCUGCUGCUGCAGGUGCCGGUCUGGCGGCAGUGGUGGCGAACCAGGAGGAGCUGCCGCAGUACGGGCUGCUGCAUGGUUGCAUGGCGCAGCAGCGGCAGCGGUCGCCGCCGGUGCCUGCAAGGGCGUCUCAGCUGCAGCAGCAGGGACAGCAGCAGGGACAGCCGCAGGGCCAGCAGCAGGGGCAGCCGCAGGGGCAGGGGGAUCCUCCGUCAGCGGGUCGGCAGCAGCUGAGUCCCGGCGGCUGCUCCUCCCGGGCCCAGCUGGCGGCGGAGCUGGCCGAGGCGGGGCGGGAGAUGCUGGCGGCGGCGGCAGCGGCAGGAGCGCAUCAGGGCUCCGUGGCAGCAGCAGCAACGGCAGUGGGGGGAGGAGGGCCCGGCAACAACAGCAUCGGGGGGCAGCGGCGGCAGCGCUGGGGUGAACCGCGCGGUGGCGGGGGUUGCGCUGCGGGGGAUGGCGGCACGGGUGUGAGCAUGGGAGUCGGCGGCAUCCCCAUGCCCCCCAUCAUGCCCCCAGCAGCCACCGGCCACGAGCCGCAGCCAACAGUGUCGUACAGCACCCCACAGCCGCAUCCCAGCGCCCCAGCUGCAGCUGCCAGUGGUGCCACCGCCGCCGCCGCUGCCAGGCCCCCGGGAUCUUCUACCCCCCUCACCCCCACGCCGCAGCGCCCAGCUCCCCCCUGGCUGCGAGUGGGAGUGAAUGCGGCAGCGGGUGCGGCCCCCAGGCGCCCCUCCGCGGGGGGUGCUGCCCGGGUGCCUCCGGGUGGCCGGGAGCAGGCGGGCGGGGGACAGGGGGGUAGCAGCGGUCGCAAGCGGCCGGCAUCACCGCGCGAGCUACCGCGGGUGGAGGCCCUGGCACCGGCCCAGGAACAGCACCAGCAACAGCUCCACUGCCAGCAGCAGCAAGCGCAGAAGCCCUGGCCUCAGGUGCGGUCGCCCCCGCCCCUGCCGCCUUCCUCGCUGCAGCAGCAGCACCCCCACCAACCCCCGCAGCACAUGCCCUUCUGCAUGGGCAUGCCGCCGCCGUCCAUGCCGCCGCUGUCGCCCGGUCCUGUGCAUGGCCCCAUGCCGGGCAUGCAGCCUGCGUUUGGCCCCAUGCCGGAUAUGAUGCCCCAUUUUGGCCCCAUGCCUAGCCCCAUGCCGGGUAUGGUGCCGCCUGGAAUGACUCCCCUGGUUCCUCCCAUGCUGCCGCACAUGGCAGGCCCGGUGCCGCCCCCUGGUGCGGCCGGGUGGCCCUUCCCUAUGUGGGGCGGGCCGGGGGGGUGCUGACCGGGAUGGUGUGUGGUGGCGGCGGUGGCGGGGGUGCGGCUCUAGCGCCUGCCGGUAACACGCCCGCAAGAGGGCUUCAACGUUUGGAAGUUUGCAAAUACGUGCAGGCAUUACGGUAUGCUUGCGCAUGUCACAUUGAACCUGUCGUCGAUGCAUUCGACAAAUGUUGUGUAUGUUGUUUCUGUAACUCCUGAUACUGUGGAUGUCGUACACAGGUGCCCCACGAGUGGAUCUUUCAUUUUAUGGAAACACCGGCGCAUAUUUGCUUUGCACGUUCUCACCCGGCCGCGCGGUGGGCUGCAAAGGCGUGCGCCAGCAGCGUGUUACCUGGCCGGAUGGGUCGAUGUCCUCGCAAGCAUGCCCUGCGUGUAGGAAGGGCAGGCAUGGAGGGAGGGCAGGAGGGAGGGCUUUCAUGCCCUCGCAUGCAGGACAUGUCAACUCCAAUUUUGGCAGGAUGUUGCACGUACAAGUAGGAGUUGCAUGGUGCUGUAUAGUAGGACGCUCCCAUAUGCGUGGAGCCUGCCUGCUUGCCUUUCACUACUACCCUGCUUGGCGCAACGUGUGUACCGCAGUACCGGUGGUAUGUGUUUUGGUGCCAGUCGCACAGCGGGGUUGAAGGCCACGUCAUCGUCAUAUUGAAGCUGGUUCUUAGCCGCCAAGGGUAUUGAAGUGUCGAGCAUUGUUACAUGACGAACUGUCAAGCUCUUGGUACUUUUUCCGAUAGAUGCAGGUGUUACGCUAGACCUUACAAGACCAGGCAGCAAGUUGUCAGUGAAUGCCGCAUACAUACCCUUGUAAACCCUUUGUAACACCUGAUGGGUAGCAUGUCGGAUUGCAUGGUGGCGAGUUUGGCUUUGGCCUGAUCCACGUCCUCGCCUGUAGUGAAUUGUAUUGCUGCGGUGUUGGUAAUC